AAAUGUUGAAAUGGGAAAACAUUACACGCCGAAGUAUAGCCACGGUCAAGAAAUCGUUCUGUUGAGGGUGGAUACGAAAAGACAUGACGUCAGCUUAGUGAUCAAAAUCCAAAGGCCAUGGAGGUUGUAUAAGGACCAGUUAACCUUCGAUGGGAUUCGUAACCUUGUUCACAGUUAUGCCAUUUCUAAUCCAAAGAGUGUGCUUCGAGUUAUCAACAAAUGCGAGGCACCACUUGCUGACAAGGCAGCUGGAUUGCACGUACGCUUUCGCCUUAAUGGCGAUUCCUUUCCUCCUUCGGUUGUCUACAAGGUAUACACACACAGACCUGUAGUGGUUAUGGGUUCGUUUAGCCCCCGACAAUACGCAAAUGGUCCGAGGCAUUGUGAAGGUGGACAAAUUUGGCAAUCUCUCUAUUCCAACAAAUUCUUUUGAUCAAUUUGAUGAUGAAAGCAACUAUCAAGGAGGGAGGUGUAAAGAAAAAAUCAUAAAUAUAAACAAAUUAUACUCUUGACUUAUUACAUUCAUGUAAUUAGCUAUUCUGAUGGUGACAACGUUGGGUAAUCAAGGUCUCAGUAUGUUACCAUGAUUGUCAUCAGAAACUUACCUCAGAUGUGAUAACAACGGUUGGCGCUCAAUAGCUGGCACACCUGGUGUCCAAAGUGGCCCUAAAGUUAAGCUUCAAGCUCAAGCACAGGGGUGAGAAGAAUGUGCAGCUGUGGGACAUCACUUUGUCUGGAGCUAUUUUAUUCUUACUUAAUGCAUGCUAACGUUCUUGCAUAAUAACUCUCGGUUCUCAAAGUAAACUAAACUUUUCACAGCAGAUCUCAAUGUGUUUCCGAAAGAGCAAGACUUUACUUGUGGCUGUUCGGGAGUGAGUUGCAAAAUUCAGUAGUAGUUUCUCAGAUAUUUACAUCAAAACAUACUAGCACCUACUCUCCUGAAGAACGAAAAGUAUUAAAGUUGUUGGAUUUGAAAAAGAGAAGAAGAGCUUGGCUCAUGAAGUUGUGAGAUUUUAUCUCACAACUUGGUGUAGAUUGAGAUUUUAUCUCCAUCUACACCAGUAAUACUACACUUUAUCUGAAGUUCGCUAGAAGUACGUCUCAUCGCCUUUUAGUAAAAAUUUGUAGUCUCGCCCUACUCCUUGGGAUGCGUAGUACUGAGAUCUAGUUAUGUAGCAUAAACUAAGAGAAUAGUAUCUAGUGAAUUCAACCUGUGUGCAUAACGCUCAAGUUCAAACAGUCGUCCUUAACUCAUUAGUUAUAGAUAUAUAUAUCUUCAGAGUUCCCGGAGUCUAGGAAUAAUAUAAUGUAAUAGAGAAACUUCCAUCCUCACAUGUAGAGACCACAUACUCUUGUGAAGUGCGUUUCUUUACAAGAAGGAACAAGACAUUUUUACAUUAACUUACAGAAAGCAAGCGAUUCUGAUAAAGCGUGGAGUUUCAGGAUAAAGGUUUGAAUGCUUGAAGCCCUACGAAACCCGACAGAUGGCAUUGCAUUUCCUCUCACGGCAAUUUAUGCUUUUACUUUGUUCUUUCCCACCUCCACAAUGUACACGUACCUGAGCUUCAGCUUCUUUUUCCGCUUGAUAGAUACACUGACAACGGCGCCAGCAGCGUCCCUGAGCAUCGUAUGUAACUCUGAACCUUUGUCUGUGAUAUAUUUUGUUUUUCAAUCUUGAACACUUCUGCAACUUUUAGUCGAGUUGAUCUACUUCCAUCUACUUUAUUGCUCUUAAAGUAGCAGUGUGCACCAAAACACUGGCAGUUUUUUUAUAAAAGCAUAAGAUGCUCAUUGUCUUCCUCUGAACGUACCGAUCUUGUAGAUUGUUAGCACCUCCAUGUCAAUCUUGUGAAUUUGAAGGUUUAUGGAAGUUACUCAUUGUAGCUUGUGUCUAGAUAGUUUGACCUGAUAUCAGUCAGAUCCUCCAGUAAACUCUUCGUUGAAGUGCUGAUUCAGGUAGAAUUAUCUUAUGCUCAAUCAGUCUCCAUCUCCUUCUGCAUAGAUCAGUCAGCUUUCCAGUUGGUUUAAUUGAAUAAUUUCAUUCAGUAACUCAGUUUGUGGUAUUGACAUUCACACAGGCGUUCACCUUAGACCUCAGCAAGGAAAAUCUUUAUAAACUGCAAAAUGUCUUUCAAGAGAAAGUUCUUCUUUGGAAGGAGAUUAUCGCUUUAAAAUCAUUACUAUCUUAACCCGCUCUUGUAUUUUUCAUAUGGGAGUUGAAAUCCUGAGGUGUGAUAUGUUGGUCUAGUCCUUUCGACUGUUACCUGAACUUUAGAGGUCCAGAUCACCCCAACUUCCGUCAUUGAUUAUUCCGCCAUCAAGGAUUCAUAAUAUUGUUCUGCCCCGAGACUGAUAAUCCUCACUAUUCUGUUGUCAUCGAACAGGAAGUGAAUGAGCCCAUAUUACUUUAUUCACUUUAUUAAGGGCUCUGAAGAUGAUAAGAAAAUAUGUUUCAGUUAUUGCAGCCUAUGUGUUUGAUUGCUUGCUGUGCUUACUUGUUCUGAUUGUCUGCAGCCUCAAGCCUCCUUCAUCUACCUGUUGUCUUUCUUUCAUUUAGUCGGUAUUCAGAAGCACCACAGAAGUGGUAUUAUGUCAUAUCUCUUUGAUAGCUUCUGUCAUACUUCAACUGAGUUACUGAUCUCAUUUAGAAGGUCUUGAUUCUGCUCCACCCCUGUCACAAAUUUUCAUAUUUAUGCUUUAAUCAUCUUUCAUCCUGAGAUUUAAUUCCAAGCAUACAAAAUACUGUUGCAACUAAUGACUUGACAGAAAUUUUUGUUUUUCAAUGGCACAUGUGCUGAACCUAAUGAAAGAACUAAGAUAGACAGCAGUAAAAGCUGUCUAGAGUUCUUAUACUCAAGCAGGAUUGAGACUCGGUCGAACAUUCUAUUACGGAAAAUUUAUGACCUUGCACUGAAGUUUUGGUACUGGCGUAAAGAACCUGGACGUAUUAAUCUUUUGCAUUUAGCAACCUAUCUAGUUGCGGUUUUAGGAGAAGAAAAGUGGGGUCAAAAGGGUCGAGAAGAAAGCCUUGAGGACACUGCAGAAUUUUAUUGUCAAAGACGAUCAGAUAUUGAGCUGCUGCGAUGGAGCGCAGGUAUAUACAUUUACUCUUUAUCUUAGUAGGUGUAUAUUACUAGAACACAUCGAAGUAACUUGGGUUGCUGCCGAAGUGCCGAACAUAUGGUAUCGGAAACCAAAGGCAACUAUCUUCAGGUUUAGAUUACAAUGAGUUCGAACAAGAUUGAUACAGGAUGGCGACCUCGAUACCAGAUGAAUAUGAGCGGGAUUGGUGCAAGAUAGGGACGUCUUUCCCUUCUAGAAAACCAGUGACUCAGGAUGUGCUCAGAAGAAGUUCCGGUGUUCUGUAUAAUUCUCAUCGAACCUUAGUGGAGGAGUGGCUGUGGUAGUGUGAAUAUUCGGAGUAGUGCGUCUGUGAUUGUAAAGAUUGAAUUAUGCAACAUCGAAACGUCGUUCAACAUAUUUUUUUAAACGGCGCGAGGUUGAAGGGAUUUUGCGUCAAGAAAUACAAAGCGAUAAGGUUAUCUUGUGACCUUAAGGAGAACCCCUUAGGCACACUGUAUAUUACAUAUUUCUCACGAAUUUUUACACUUGAGUUUAUGUCUGGACAGAUGAGGAUAAGCUAAAAUGUUCGGAGGUAGGGUUUCCCCUCUAUUGACAUUGAAGAGGAACACAAUCUCAUCAAUGUACAUAGAACUCCUCAAAAUACAAGUGUAAAAAGUUAGAAAAAUAUUGAGAAG